AUGGCUCGAUCAAUCAACUCCUUGGAAAAAAUCCCCCCUGUUGCUGAUAAGAAGGAUGAAUUUAACCAACUUGCUAAAAACCCAUUCUUAGAUCCAAAAGUUGAAGAAUACUACCGUCAGGUGUAUAUUGACUCCAAAUAUGAAAGUUAUUCAGCAUUUGAUCCUCAUUUCGAAUGGACUGAGGAAGAAGAAAAGAAGCUUAUUAGAAAGCUUAACUUUAGAGUUGCCGCCGCUGCAUGCCUUAUGUUUGUUGGAUUACAAAUAGACAGAGGUAACUUGGGUCAAGCCGUCACGGAUAAUAUGUUAGACGAUUUAGGUUUAACUACUAAUGAUUAUAACACUGGUAAUACUAUUUUCACAGUAUGUUUUCUUCUUGCUGAAGUCCCAUCCCAAUUAAUUUCUAAGGCCUUAGGUCCAGAUAUUUUCAUCCCUUUCCAAAUUUGUGUUUGGAGUAUUGUUGCUAUGUCUCAGGCUGCUCUUAGAGGUAAAACUUCUUUCUACAUUACCAGAGCUAUAAUUGGAGCUUUAGAAGGUGGAUUCAUUGCUGAUUUGGUGUUGUGGUUGAGUUAUUUCUUCAACAGUAAGGAGUUACCAGUGAGGUUAUCUUGGUUCUGGACCACUUUGUCAUUUGUUGGUAUUUUCACUUCUCUUUUGGCUUUUGGUAUUUUAAGAAUGAGAGGGGUUGCUGGCUGGGCUGGUUGGAGAUGGUUAUUCUUAAUUGAAGGUAUUGUUACCUUACUUAUUGGUAUUUCUUCAUUCUACAUGAUGGUUCCUUCAGCAGUCCAAACAAAGAAUUGGAUGCAUCCCAAGGGUUGGUUUUCUGAUCGUGAGGUUAAAAUUGUCGUUAAUCGUAUUCUUAGAGAUGAUCCAUCUAAAGGUACCAUGCACAAUCGUCAAGGCUUAACACCAAAGAUGUUGUUCAAAUCCCUUAUUGAUUUUGAUCUUUGGCCAAUAUAUGCUAUCGGUGUUAUUGCUUAUAUUGGACUGGGUACAUUUGGGGCUUAUUUUGGGUUGAUUAAUAGACGUUUGGGAUUUGACACUUUCAACACUAAUUUACUUAAUAUCCCUAACCAAGUUAUCCAUAUCAUCUUUUUAUUGUCAAUUACUUGGCUUUCUGAAUUUGUUAAUGAAAGAUCAUUAGUAUGUACUCUUGCUCCACUUUAUUGUCUUCCAUUGAUUGCCAUAAUUAGAUGGUGGCCUGGUGCCGGUGUCAAAGUUUGGCCAACAUGGACUUUGAACACUUUAUACUUGGGACAACCUUAUAUCCAUGCUAUUUGUGUCGCAUGGGUUUCCAGAAACUCCAACUCGGUUAGAACCAGAUCUAUUGCAUCUGCAGUUUAUAAUAUGUUUGUCCAAUUGGGUGGGGUUGUCGGAAAUAACAUUUAUAGACAAGAUGAUUUGCCAUUGUAUCAUCGUGGUAAUAUGCAAAUUUUCUUCAUCACUAUUGGUACCAUUGGUGUUUUGUUAUUAACUAAAUUGUACUACAUUUGGAGAAAUAAGAGCAAGGCUAAGAUUUGGAAUGCCAUGUCUGAGGAAGAGCAAGUAACUUAUCGUCAUACAACCAACGACGAAGGUGCUAGAAGAUUGGAUUUCUUCUUUGUUCAUUAAUGUGUAUUAGUAUUUAGAGAAUAAGUACAAAAGCAUUUCUCAGAUAUUAUGUAAUUCUGUUGUUCUUUUCCUGGCAACAAGAUAUCAAGAAUCGAAGUUUCUUACACUAAAACCAGACAGGAACUAAUAUUACCCAAGACCUCUUCUCUUAAACCUCUGGGAUUAGUAACACAUGUUCUCACUUUAUCGCCAUAGAAUAUCAUUUUAUUUGCUCUGAACACGGCUUAAACGCCACUGAGCUUUGUGAAACCUUUUCUCUUUUUCUUUUCAUCUCAAAUAGUAACUUUAUUAUAGUAGUGGUGGCUAUUUGCUAGUCGUCCAUUAAUUGAACUAUUUCAUUUAGAGAAUGGGCCACUCUAACUACAAAAAAAAGUGCCAAUUUUUCAUCAUGUUAAAGUACGUGAAAUGUGGAAUAGUGUUUUUAUUUCCAUGCUGAUUACAAAAUAAUAUUUGAUUAAUCCUGUAAUUACUAGUAUAUUGAAGCUCUAUAAAUCUCUAUAAAUAUAAUACAAUAAAUAUUAAAUCAUCACCGAUCAUUUCCUUCUUGACCAAAAUUUGAAGCUCAAACUAGAAGAAUCUUCCUUGCCUGAUGAUGGUGAGUUGGUACCAUUUGAUGAUGAAAUUUUGGGGGUGGUACUUCUAGAUUGACGUUUACUACUAGAGGCACUAUCAACAUUUCUGGAGCUGGUACUAGCAACACUGUUAUUGUUGGUAGUGGUGGUUUCACUGAGUUUCAAAUGAGAUAAUAUGUUGUUGAUUGAUGAUGGAGUUGGUGCUUGAUACUCAUCGGAAGAUGCGGAUGAAAAGAGAGGUCCCCGGUUUCUCUUGGGCAAGCUGGAAAGUUUGGAAAUUAAUGAUGAACUAUGUGAUAAACUGCUGUUGCUGUUAUUGAUGCUAGAUUGUAAUGGUGAAGUUGCUCUUGGAAUAGACUUUGGCUUUGCAAUGGUGUUUCCAGGAGAUCCUUCUAAACUCAAUGAACUUGGUGAAUUAGGUAAAGUGCUAACGGUUGGACUUGGUUGGUUACUACUAGCACGUUCUCUUUUACAAUGACUUACAAAUGAUAAGUAGCCAUUUUCCUUAAGCAUACGAAGGGUUUCGUUUCUUGCUUUGAUUAAUGUUAAUGGGUUAUGAACACCGGAGUGGGAAGAUUCUUCCACGAUUUCUUUAAAUAAUUUUUGGGAAAUGUUGAUUUGUUGAAUUGAUUCGUGUUUGAUAUAAGUAUGCAUGAUAUAGUGCCAUCUACUAUUCAAUGCCUCGACUUCUUCGUCUUCGGUGAAUGUAGCAUCAUCUCCGACAUACUGACUACUGUCUUCAUCAUCUUCGUCUUCGAUUUGACGUUGUCCAAAUUCUUCCCAUAUAUUUACAUUGAAUUGGGCGUAUUCAUUAGCAUCCAAAUCAUCGAUGGUAGAUACAAACAUUUCUUGAGGAUCCAAGUCGUCAGUGGAGGUAAUUGAAUAUCUUUUGGAAAUGGUGGUGGAUAUUGAGUCUCGUUUAACUUUAAGUAAAGAAUCAACGGAUGAAGUGUUGCUGGUGAUGUAGCCUAAUAAACUGGCAUUGGGGGCACUAUUCAACCUUUCCUUAUCAGCAUUGUAUGUGUUUGAAUCAGGGAAGAUCUUAUUGUAAUAAAGUUCAUAAUUGAAGAUAUCGAUUAGGAAAUGAAGGUUUUCUUGACAGUGUUGUUUGAUCAAGUAAUCAUUAAAUUUCUUGACAAAUGCUACUUUAACUGGAUCUUCCAAUUGACCUAUUGAGUCAAGAAAACAAUCAUUGACCAAUUCGUCAAGUGGAGGACAAGCCUGUACUGGUGUUGUAGAAGGGGUGGGUACCACUGAGACUGGGUAGCUGUUGAUAUUGUUGUAUGGUUUGGUUGGCACUGGGGUACAGGUUGUUAUUGAUGAUUUCGACGAACUGGUAUCAGCCAUAAUUGUGGAUGAGGACGUUCUCGAUGUUUGGGUUGUCCCAUUUGACAUUGAAGAUGAUCUCAUUAAAGUAUUAGCCAUCUCCAUUGGUUUGUUACUCUAUCUGAAUGCAUGUAAUGUGUUGAACAAGGGGGAUAGUAGGCUGGGUUGAUGUUGUUCUAUAGUAGGAUGUAAGUCUAUGUCUACCUGAUCUCGGUUAGAGAUAUAUGUUUAUAUUUGUUAUUAGGCUGUGGAUAAAUAAGAAAAAAAAUGUGGUGGUUUUCUUU